AUCAAUGACCUCAACGUUCUCACAUGAUAAAGACUAUACUUCACUCCUACGUCUUUUUUUCACUCAAAAUGACAUACACAAGAUUAACUGACGCCAAUGCCUUAACCAUGAGAAUCAAAAUAAUCUUCUGGCUCUCUGGCUUUUCCAUUGCACUCCUCUCCGUCAUAAUCGCUCUGUAUGCCAUCCUUCCUUCCUCUACUUUUAGGACUGCCAUUAUUUCUCAAAACAGUUUCAGCCUUGCUAUUUUCAAGAAGGUUGUUCAGCAAAGUGGCGUCGAUGAUUUUCUGUCCCGCCUAACACUCAUAGUGUCUGGAGACCAUCAUCGAAGGAAGCCGGAAAGGAAAUGCGACAACAGAAAAUGGAAGUCUAGGCUCAUCUCCAUCUACAAUGUGGCCCUCGUUUUGACAGUUGACUUGAAGGGAUGCGGGGAUUUUAGUAGUGUCCAGGAGGCAGUAAAUGCUGUUCCUGACAGUAGCCCCUCUAGGAUCCUCAUCGUUAUUGAUUCUGGUACAUACAGGGAAAAAGUGGUAGUAAACACCAACAAGACAAAUUUGAUAUUUCAAGGUCAGGGAUAUCUUAACACAGCUAUAGCAUGGAAUGACACUGCAAAUUCUACUGGAGGGACUUCAUACAGUUCUUCAGUUGCCAUUUUUGCCGCCAACUUCACUGCUUACAACAUCAGCUUUGAGAACACAGCUCCUCCUCCAUUCCCUGGAAUGGUUGGAGCGCAAGCCGUGGCACUCAAAAUUGCAGGCGAUAUGGCUGCAUUUUAUGGAUGUGGAUUUUAUGGAGCCCAAGACACUCUUUAUGAUGAAAGUGGGAGGCAUUAUUUCAGAGAAUGUUUCAUCCAAGGGUCCAUCGAUUUCAUUUUUGGAAAUGGUAGAUCUCUCUAUGAGGGGUGCAACAUUAAUUCAAUAGCAAAACAAGUCUCCGAUGAGAUCAGUGGCUCUAUCACAGCUCAAGCUAGGCAGUCGAUGAAUGAGCAAACAGGAUUUUCGUUUGUGAAUUGUAACAUCAGUGGAAGUGGGAAAGUAUGGCUUGGGCGAGCUUGGGGAGUUUAUGCAACUGUUGUCUUCUCCACAACAUAUAUGUCAGAUGUCGUAGCUCCAGUUGGCUGGAAUGAUUGGCAAGACCCCUCUAGAGACCAGACGGUCUUCUUUGGAGAGUAUCAAUGUUUGGGACCAGGAGCAAAUUACACAAAUAGGACUUCAUAUGGAAAGCAACUUGAGCAAUCUGAAGCAACUCUCUACAUGGAUAUUACCUAUAUUAACGGAGAUGAAUGGCUAAGUUAUCAUCGAAAUCAUUUAUUUCCUCUUGAUUGGAUAUUCCAAUCAAGAGGAAAUAAAUGAUUUCGAUGAUAACUUAGUCAUUCAUCUUCGUUAAUAAAGAAGAUAUUCAUGCUUCUUAUUAUAUGUAAGAAUUUUUCAUUUUUGUGCUCAAGAAAUGAGAGAGAAUGUAACUUAAGCAUAAUCCUUGAGGUUUGAGUCAAAAUUAGAUAACAAGUGUUUUAGGAUGGUUUUAUUUUAUUUUUAACAAAUUUCUAAAAUUAAAAAGAGAAAAGAAUAAAAGGAAGUGGCUUGUCAAUUGUACUACUACUAUUAUUGAAACAAUCAUUUUAAUUUCUUUUGAGACGUAUAACUUUUAAAUUUGUUAUAUAUUAAAGAAAAGUCUCUUAAAGGCAA